CAAAAAUGAAGACUCAGAUUUCAUGGUUUCAAAACACAAAGCUAAAGUAAUCCAGGAAGGUAGUCUGGCUUGGAAAUAGAUGCACACAUCAGAGGAAUACAGUCAAGGGUCCAGAAAUAAAUCCAUUUAUGGAACCACUGAUUAAAUGACCUGUGAGGGCCAUUCCAGUACGUUCCAGCCUGUCUCCAUGGCUUCUCCAUAAGUAAGAACUUUGGCUCACUGCCACCAGUCUGUCAGAGCACUCUGACUCUUCAUACCUCAAGUUUCUAUUCUGUGAGACAGCCAGUAUCACCUAGCAGCGUUGGUGCUUGGGCACCAUGAGCGAUUUCAAGAGUAACCGAGAACUGUACCUGCAGUAUGCCGCCAUGGCCCCCAAGCUGCUGGCCCACGUCUCCAAACUCCUUGUACGUUGCAGGAAAGAGGGAAUUGCUGUACCGAAGGGCAUCAGAAACAUUUUUGAGUUCACUUGGGAGGAACUCAUCACAGACCCCACAGUGCCUGCCCCAUCCAACAUUCUGGGCCUGGAAAUCAGCUUCGGGGCCCCCACUAUGGUGCAUGUGGAACCAAUCCCUGUGCCUGUCGCCACUCGGAAGAAGCCACCCCCACCCCCACCCCCACGAGCACUGCCGCCAAUCCUGCCAGUGGUCACCGGGGCCGCCAAGCACUCCAUCUCCUCUCCUAGCCCUGCUCCUCUGAGGCCCACCAUCCAGGAGACCCUGGACAAGUUUCAGCAGCAGUCCAUUCACGUGCUGACUGAGCUGCUCACCCUGAAAAUGAAGGUCAUGGAAGAGUCUGCAUGUGUUGGAGCCAACCCUCUGGACAUCCCCAGGCGCUUCGUGGAAGCCAGUCAGCUGCUGCAUCUCAACGCCAAGGAGAUGGCCUUCAGCUACAUGCUCGGCAUGGUUAGGAAAAGCGGCUUCAGCAAGGGACAGAUGGGCAAAGAGUCCCCCAGGAACUUCUCUACCAUAGGAGUGAACUCCCCCUACCAGCUGACUUACCAGCCUUCCACAGCCUGUCUGAGCUUUUCCCUCUCAACGGGAAAGAGCACAAAGAAGAAAAUAGGUGAAAAUACUACAGGCAAGUCCAGAUCCGUGAAAGACAUCUUCACAUUGUUCCAUCAAGGAUCAGUGGCAUCUCCUGACAGUGUGGACUUCAGAGAUCCCUGUCCUGAGGCCAGGGAGAAACUGCAGGAGUUGUGUUGCCAUAUAGAAGCUGAGCGAGCCGCCUGGAAAGGGAAGAGCAUCUCCUACCCGAUGAUUGUCCGCAACUAUGGGACAAAGACAUCCCCAGUGUCCAACUCCAAAAUGGACUCUCAGGCCCCGAGUUCUAGUCACCCCCAUGCCUCAGGUGCUCACACCUCCAGUCCUGCUUCUCAUCAGCCUGCCACCCAGCGUGCUCAUGGCAGACACCACCUCCAAAAGCAGAAGGUGCCCAAGAAACCCAUUAAGUUGCAUUACACCUUCUACGACGGCUCCUCCUUCGUGUAUUACCCUUCUGGAAACAUUGCUGCGUGUCAGAUCCCCACAUGCUGCAGAGAGCGAACCAUCACCUACCUCUACAAUGACCUACCUCAUUCCCUCCUGGCCCUGUUCAUUGCAGAUAGCCAGGGUUACGUUCACUACAACGUAAAGACCCGAUGUCCAUAUAUCUUGGUCUUGGAUGAAGAGGGUGGAACCACCACUGACCACAAAGGCUACAUAGUCCAUAAGUGGAGCUGGUCCUCCAAGACAGAGACUUUGCUCUCCCUGCAGUACAAGGUGAACGAGCAAAUGAAACUAACAAUCCUGGGGAAGGAGUACAUCACAGUCACCUUCACUUGCAUGAAUGAAACAGUCAUGAUCACUGUAUCAGCCAAGAACUGUCCCCACAAGAUGUUGCAUAGUAAACGGCCAUCCCGCAGGAUCAGCGUUGUAGAGGAAAAGAUGUCUAAGAUGAGCCGAGCCCUGGCCGAGCUCAAAAGGUGGUUUCAGAAGACGUUGACUCUCUUCAUGAAUUCCAUCUUGCUGGCAGCAGAUUUGCUCAGCAUAGAAAUUCCCACUGUAAUGAGAGAGGUAGAGUUCACUCGAUUCAGGCUGAAGUCCGGUUCUCUCUCUGAGUGGGGUCCCAAGCUCAGUUUUUUCGGAGGAAGACAUGUUUCACCACCUCGCUCCUUCCAACGAGAAUCCUCCCUGGAUGAGCCUUUGAAGGAGGAAUCCAAGCCUGCUCCUGUCAGCUCCGUUAAGAAGAAAAUUGUCAAGACACAGUCCAAAGCCACUGUCGCAGACAGAGGGAAGACCAAGGAGGUGCGCAGCUCCGUCAGGUGGGUGGCCUCGCCCUCAGACUGCCCGCUGGUGCUGCGGAAGCUCAUGCACAAAGAAGAUGCCCGAGCCGGCUGUAGGUGCAUAGCCAAGGUGCCCCUGGUGUCUGACUUGGAGCUGGAGCGAUUCCUGUCUCUGCCCCGAGACCCCAACCAAGUUCUUGUGAUUGGGAUACUUUCAAGCCAGAACCCCAGCAGCACAGCCCACCUCAAGUGGCUUCUGGACACGCUCUAUAGACACCAGCAGCGAGGCCGUGCCUCACCCUGUCUCCAGUGCUGGCAUGACCCCUACCGCCUGCUGCAGUAUGACCUGGACAGCCCCCUGCAGAAGACCCCUCCCCUGUUGGUGAAGAAGCAUGCUGUGGUGCAGGGCAUGGUCUUGAUGUUUUCUGAGGGGAAGCUCCUCUUCGGGGGCCGUGUGUUCAAUGGAUAUGGCCUGAACAAGCAGAAUCUGCUCAAACAGAUCUCCCGCACACAGCAGGACUGCAAGAUGGGCUACUUCCUCCCAGACAACUACAAGUUCAAUUCAUCAACCUAUAGCCUAAGCCCAGAGAGCUCUGGAUCAACCAAGAGAGCUCUGUCGGAUGAUUUUGAAGGAAGUUUCUCCUCGUUGGUCACAGGAGAGGAGGAGGUAGAGAAGGAAUCUGCUGCUGAAGUGGACAAGAAGGCGAAGCAACUUGACAUGGAGACACAUACUCCCAGCAAACUCAAGAAAGGCAGAAAGGCAUUAAGAAGUUGACCAUGUGAAAGAAACAAGAACAUAGGAAGUAUGCCAGUCCUGGUGACUGCUGAUACCCAUCUGCACACCCUGCCCCUCACUGGCUACUCAGUCUCCAACCCUGCUCCUCUGAGCCUUGAUCCUUGGUGCAAUAAACCAGCAAGCUGC